UAUUUUUUGAGGCUUCGCUGUGCGGGCGGCCUGCAGGUGAGCCAAGCCCGGCCACCCACUCGCUGUCUAGGAUGCGUAUAAAUGGCGACGCUGCCGCUCAACAGUUCACAUUUGGUCCCGUGCAUUGAUUUCAUAAGCAACUCCUCCGUUUGCUGCAUAAACAUUUGAGACUAGAACAAUACUCAACAAUUCAAAAGAGCCAUGUCCAACGCAAUGCGCUGCACUCUUUUCGUCCUUAUUGCGCUGACGCUCUUUGCCGCUGGUUGCAAUGUGGAGGCCACCAAGGCGCGUACGUCUCGUGGCAAUGAAAUUAAUACCAUGGAGGAUGCACUCAAAUAUCUGCAGGAUCUGGAUGUUUACUACGGCGAUAGAGCGCGUGUGCGCUUUGGCAAACGUGGCUCAUUGCUGCAUCUACUACGCAGUCAGAUGCUGGAGAACAGCCAGAACAACAACAAGGACAACAACAUAGCCGCAGAGCUGCAGCAGCAUUCUGUCGGGGAGGAGGAAUUCUUUUAAACUAUAUUCGAAUGAAAACUACAUCUUUAUCAAACUGUUAAAAAGCUUUUCGCAUAAUUUUGGAGCAAUGGCUUAAAUAAGUUAUACAUUUAAAAUACACUCAUGUUCUUAGUGUUUCUGCAAACCAUUCAUAAAUAAAUGGUAAACUACUGA